ACGUGCUGACUGUUCUGAGUGAAUGUGGGUUCAUUUCCUCCGUGUGUUUCAGGGAAUGGCUUCACACGGACGAGGCCGCUCCGCUGGUGGUUCCUCCCCGCACGGAGAGGAGCGUCGAGGGACGACGUCGUCACCGACAAGGGAAACGAGUCGGGGAGCUGGAGGUGGGGAGGAAGAACGACGUGCUCAAAACUUGUGGUGCGACUACAGCAAAUGCGUCUGGUAUUUGGACAGGGCGAGCCAGGACGGCUCCGACCCGUUGCAACCACCGUGCGGGCCGCUCUUGUUCGUCGCCGUUUGCGCCGACAGAACGCGUCUCGCAGGGUCCAUCAUCCAGUGGGUCGACGAUGGCGAAUACAAUUUCAAGUUUACUUUGAAGAAGCAUUACAAAAGUGAUUGUUCUGUCGACGGCAUCGCAAAGGGAUGCAAGGUUGUCAGGAGGAUCUUCGGCGGUGGUCCUGUUGGGUUCGCGGGAGGAGAGUGCUCUGAAAGGGAGAUGGGAAGUCAGGGUGGCCUGCCAGCUACGCCUCCUGAUCAAGAGGUGGGCGUGUCAGACGACUCGGAGGACAACCAUCCGCGUGCUCCUUUGAAACCGGGCUUGCAUGUAUCUUGCCGCCACAGUUUGCUUGGGGAGUCAACGCCACAUGGAGGCGGCGAUGGCGAACGGUUGCGACAGGGAUCAGAAUCGACGACUCCUCGUGGUCUGGUUCGAGAGGUGCGUGGGUCAGAUGAGACGACUCGCCGGGCCCGACCAGCGCCGGAGGAACUGCAGACGGAGUUGAGCCAGGAACGAGAAGCAAGUGGGAACGUCGCCGGUGAGGAGGAGGUGUCCGAGCAGGGGCUGUUCCGUGAGAGAUCGGCUGAAAAGACUCAGUCGGGAGGUAAGCGCAACUUGCCGGAUGAGGAAGAGCGAGAGGGACUAGGUGCUUCGAAAAGGCAGAGAAAGGUAGGAGGGAGUGCUCGGACGCCAAGAACACGAGAGGGCGGUUCCGUUGAGAAGAGGAAAAGGGUUGGAGGUGGGGAUGAAAUGCCAAAAGACUCGUCGACACAACGAAGAACCGAUGACUCCGUCUUCGCUUUGGGGUUGAAGUUCUAUGAGGAGUGGUCGAAAGGGAAACUCCUUGCUUCCUACGCCCAGCAUUGGACUGAAAAGCCGCCCACCCAUGAGGAGGUGGCCAAGCCAGGACUCUCCACUGUGACUGACAGCCAGGGGCUGAAGAAACACGUCUGGUACGUGAAGGUGGACGACCCGUCGUUGAAAAAGGGCAGGGGGAAGCCAAAGAAAGGCGCGGAGGAGAAAACUUUCUACGUCCAAGUUCCAGAGCCAGAUGUCCACUGCUGGAAAGAAUUGGUGGACUUGAUGGACCGCGAGAAGAAAAGGUUGUUGAAUGACGUCUUGAACCUUAAUGUCGUGUGGGUUCAAACGAGUAGCAAAAAGUUGGCCGAGCAGGGGAAGUUCAGUGUCAAGGAGAUGGUCGACAUAAUAAAAAUGGACCGGAUUAUGCUGAGGUUGUGGCACUACGUGGAGUUUAAGUACGAGGAAAUGGAUAAGCGGGAGUGGAAUGCCAACUCCACGUUCUUCGGGUCCAAGAAGCAACUGUUCGAAGAGUUCAAGGACAGAGGUCUCGACGACAAGCUUUGGAACGAGAGCAGGAAAUUUUUCACGGACAUCACAUACGUCAACGAGUGCCCUCAGUUUCUCGGGUGUCAACACGACAACAACAUCAAGAGAACAGCGGCCCUCUAUGUCACCCAUGAAGUGUCGUCCAAGGCUUACCCAUGCGAUUUCCACCAUGUCGUGGUCGAGCCCGUUUAUGACCCAAACAAGGACAUGUUCUUACAGUUGAGAUUUGACCCGCAGUACGUGGUGCGGAAGGAAGUCGCCAUUGCGGUCCUCCAGGGCUACCACGGAGCGAGUCGGGCCGGCGUUGUGAGCUUCAUUAAGAGGCUGGAAUAUGUCUUUUUUAACGAGGAUGUUGUCGAUCCGGCCGACUUCACUUUGGAUAAGCACAAGCUGGCAUUCGGUGAGGAGGACGACUUUAAUAUCGAGACUGAGCAGGAGGAGAGCGUUGAGGACGACCUCUUCGAUUUGGACGGGCAAUUGGCCAUCUUCAACGCCCAAGUUUCUGAGUCGCCAUCAGUAUGCAAACAGGGGACACCUCUCGCUACACCUACCUCGGGGGGUCCCACGCCCGUAUCCUCCUCAUCGCCUGUCAAGAGGGGUGGGUUGUCCCGUCUGAGGAGUUCGCCGGGGGAGCCUAUUCGUCUCACACCGCAGCCCGAACGUCUUCGACCCGGCCAUCCAGUUCCUCCGGACCAUCUGCAUCUCAAGGCUCCUGCGACUCCCUUCCACAUGGGCGACAAACACACCUUCUCCACAGCCGAAGAUUGGGGCCAUGAUAUCGUGUGGCACCCAGACCAUUUCCAGCCAGUCCUUCUCGACGGCGAAUGGGCAGUGGCAGUGAGGGACGCAAGUGCACGGUGGAUAUAUGACGAUCGUUGGGACCUCGAGACAUUCAAAUCUCGCGCCUACGAUGCGGUAUUGGAGAGAUUAAGUGAGCAAGUGAGUUGGGAGUUGCCUGGGGUCACCCCGCCGGCAGGAGUUGUGAAGCGCAAGUCUCGCGGAAAGGACGGCAACGGGGAUGGUGAAGGCGGCGGGCAACGAGGUACCGGAGGUGGAAGUGAACAGCGUUCGACGAAACAGCGGUCUCCGGGGCGCGCAGGCGGCGGAGAGGGGAAAAAGGGCAGCCGGGAGAAGAAGAAGCCUCGCAGCGGAGAGAAGACAAAGCAUCACAGAGGAGACGGGCAGGGGUCCGAUGUCGACCGCGACGAGGACGGUGGGGUUCUGGCGGUAACAGGCAGCACCUCAAUGGAGACGGGGAAUGACUUGAGGCCUGGGUGUAUUACGCGGCCUGGCGAGCAGGACCUUGUGAUUAGCUCCACCAGCGAAACACAUUUUGUCGAUGCGGUUGGCGGGGCGGGUGUCGCAAAGCAUGGAUCAUGCUUCGCUCAGCUCCAAAAACGGUCGGCGGAUUGUCUCGGAUCAAUCCGAACCUCGGAGACGACCUCGUUGUCCGGAACUCGGUGCCUUCCGGGAAGCGAGACGACAACAUACCACGGAUCCGGCAGCGACAAGCUGGAACCGUGUUCCGUUUCGCCUCAAAAGGAAUUUUGGAUUAAUCCGAACCGCGAAGGCCGUGGCAUCGAGGGAGCACAACUGUCUACAGAACUCGAACGGGUGGUCUGGGUUUUCGAAAACCCUGGUGACGAAAUUCGGAUUCAUCCGAACCAGGAAGCCGUGUCUGUCAUGACAGACGAUCGGUGUCAGGAUGCAGUAAUGCUGUGCGUGGAAGCCCACAAGGAGCUGCAGGCGGACUGUCGGACUGAGGGUGAGUUGGCGACCAGUUCCAAUGUCGAGCCUAACACACUCGGAGCCGAGUUAGCAGUCGUAAGCGACUCCCCAGUGAAAGCGGUCAUGUCGGCGUCAUUGGAAACUGCGGGGGCUCGGAUGAAUCCGAACCAAGGUCCUGUGAACAUCUCCCUCCCUGAUGCAUCUUUGGAGACGACCGUGAUUCGGAUUCAUCCGAGGCACACGGACGAAGGACUUCAACUGGCAGGCGUUGAGGGUUGUCAACUACUGACGACUUUGGACAAGGACAAUUCCGCCGACGACCGAAUUGAUCCGACACUCAACGACGUCGGGAUAGAGCUACCAGUUCAGCCGGGAUACGACGAUCCCUUGUACUCCGCCCUUCACAACGAGGCGAUGGGGGAGGACGUUCUGAAGAAGGCCUCUGACGCUGUUGGAGAUAGAUUUAUCUAUUUGAGUGACGACGACAAAAACACAACCUACGGGGACAAGAAGUUAAGGUGGGAAGAGGUGUUGUUGGACAUCCAUGGGACAUUGAGCCCAACACAAUACGACAUAGUGACAAUGGAGAAAACACAACCUGUCGAUGUUGUGGACAUCGACGAUCUUUGUCCGGAGACGAAUAUACCGUCUACGGUCAUCGACGCCGACAUCUCGAGCCUGUCAAGUUUCCCUGUGGGUUUGGAGCACGUCGUCGCCGCGUCGACGCGCGCAGGGGUGCCAAUCGUGCUGGGACUGCCGUCGGUGGGCUCUGGUGAAGUGGUAGCUAGGCCUGGGUUUCCUCGAGAUGGAAGAGUGGUCCUUGAAGACGUUAUCUGCUCCCGGUUGCCGCUCACUAUCAUCGUCGCUCGUUUGCCGUCGCACAGUUUACAGGUAUCCGUCAAGGACAUCGUCGCACUCGUGGAUAGAUCCGGGGAGCUUAACGAUGAGGUUGUCAAUUUCUACAUGGCGAUGUUACUGGACGACUGCGGCCGGACUGCCGCUACCAUGAAGACAUACACCUUUAACUCCUUCUUCGCCUCUUCACUGCUUCUGCGAGGUCCGACAACUGUUCUCAGAUGGGCUAAAGAUGUCGACCUCCAGUCUCAUGACCUCGUCUUGGCACCCGUGCACAAGGACGACGAACACUGAAGCCUUUUGGCCAUUUACUUCUCUAGACGUGUUUUGGAAAUCUAUGAUUCUUUCUCGUGUUCGUCAUCCAAAGA